AUGUCGCUUCUGUGCGGCGAUCCCAGCAGCGCCAUCGUCGGCACGUUUCAUCUAGAGCCAUUGCUGUGGCUAGAGAGUGCUUUCGCGCAUCGGUAUCGCAUCUCACGCCGCAUUGCCAAUGGUCGUGUAACACUUCCAUUCCUCGAGGUGUCGCCAAGUACCACUAGUUCCGACAUUGCGAGCAUCAUUUUCGGCAACAGCAAGAUUGGGAUCUUUGGUGCCAAAAUCAUGGCGACAACUGGGGCUCGGUGUGAGGAGAGGACGCGCAAGUGGUCACACCCCGGAGCAUCUUGGCGACAGAUCAAGCUGUUUCGUGACUAUGAACCUGGCAGAAUUAUCAUUGAGCAAAGCUUCCGCAUUCAGCCUUACCGCGAUCGUGAUAGGGUGCCAGGCCAAUAUAAGGUGGAAUACAUUAUUGACGACACAUGGACCCUCGGAGAGCCAUGGGAGUGCUACACCGACUCAUGCAUCAAGGACAGAAGCGAGCAUGAGACUCUGAUGCUGCGCCAGCAAGGAGGGAAGGGCCUGAUCUAG